CUUCCCUCGGUGACUUCCAGGUGAAUGAGAUACUGUUACCCCACCUUGGGACACGCUCCAACUCCUGGAGCUCCUCAUCUUGAACGUCUCCAGACACUCUUCCCAAUUCCCACCAUUUUGGGACAUUUCCACCUUUCCCUCCAAUCCUGAGCCGUGUAAUGGGACUGGGAACGUUCCGGUGCCAGUGAUAAUUUGGGAAUCUCCCUCCUUCCCUCAGUGACUUCCAGGUGACUGAGAUCCUGUUUUCCCACCUUGGGUGAUGCUCCAACUCAUCUUGAACAUCUCCAGACGCUCUUCCCCAUUCCCACCAUUUGGGGGGAUUUCCACCUUUCCCUCCAAUCCCGAGACACGUAAUGAGACCAGGAGUGAUUCCCACAUUCCAACGCUAACCUGGGAAUAUCCUUCCAUCCCUCAGCCUCCUCUGAACGCUCAGAUGUUGGCGCAGCGGCAGCGGGAGCUCUACAGCCAACAGCACCGGCAGCGGCAGCUGAUGCAGCAGCGCGCCCUCCUCCUGCGCCAGCAGAGCUUCGGCAACGCCUCCGGAAUUCCGGUGCCCCUCGGAGCCACCCGGUUGCCACAGGCCCCCCCCCAGCAGUUCCCGUAUCCGGUGCCCAGCUACGGCGCUGGCGCCGGCAACCCGCCCUCCGCCGGCGCCGCUGGACCGUUCUCCGGUGCUGAGGCGGCGGCGGCGCUGGCCGGACGCCGCGGGAGUGCCGUGGGAGCGCAGUUCGGAGCCGGGAUGGUGGCGCCCGGGAUGCAGCAGAACGUCUUUCAGUAUUCCGGAGCAGGGCUGGCCCAGCAGAGCGAGUCCUUCGCGCCGGCGCUGAGCCCCGGCAGCCCCCUGGUGUCCCCCCAAAUCCCGCCGGCCCAGAGCCCGAUGCUGCCGCCGGCGCCGCCGGCACCCGGAUACCAGUCCCCCGACGUGAAGGGCUGGCAGCAAGGAGCCAUGGGGAAUAACAGCGUGUUCAGCCCGGCGGGAGCGGCUCCGGCGGCGCCGGCACAGCCGGGAAUGUACAACAACAUGAGCAUCACCGUGUCCAUGGCCGGCGGCGGCUCCGGCGUCCCCACCAUCAAUCCCAUGGGAGGGCAGGUGCCCGGGAUGAACCCCCUGCAGAUGCCCGGGAUGAAUUCCAUGUGCUCGGAGCAGGUCCCGGAUCCGGCGCUGAGACCAGCAGGGCUCUACUGCAACCAGCUCAACUCCAGCGAGCUGCUCAAGGCAGAGGCAGACGGGGCCCAGGUCAGUAAUGAUUCCCAAAAUAAUGGUGGAGAUUCCCAAAAAAAAUGGCUGGAGAUGGUGGAGAUUCCCAGAAAAAUGGCUGGAGGGCUCCCAGGAUGGUGGAGAUUCCAAAAGGAUGGUGGAGAUUCCAAAAGGAUGGUGGAGAUUCCAAAAAAAAAUGCCUGGAGAUGGUGGAGAUUCCAAAAAAAAAUGGCUGGAGGGUUCCCAGGAUGGUGGAGAUUCCCAAAAAAAUGGCUGGAGGGCCCCCAGGAUGGUGGAGAUUCCCCAAAAAAAGGCUGGAGGGCCACAGGAUGGUGGAAAUUCCCAAAAAAGGCUGGAGGGCCCCCAGGAUGGUGGAGAUUCUCAAAACCAGUCCCACCAGCAUUGGGUGACACCACUUGGGGUUGAGGCCACCACAGACCCACCAGGGCUUGAAGCCACCACGGUCCCACCAGUGUUGGGUGAUGAUGAACCCUUGGAGUGGGUGACAGCCAACCCUUGGGGUUGAAGCCACCACAGGUCCCACAAGCGUUGGGUGACACCCCUUGGGAUUGAAGCCACCGUGGUCCCACCAGUGUUGGGUGACAUCUCUUGGGGUUGAAGCCACCACAGUCACACCAGAAUUGGGUGACACCCCUUGGGGUUGAAGCCACCACAGUCCCACCACCAUUGGGUGAUGACCAACCCUUGGGGUUGAAGCCACCACAGCCCCACCACUGUUAGAUGAAACCCCUUGGGGUUGAGGCCACCACAGACCCACCAGCAUUGGGUGACACCCCUUGGGGUUGAAGCCACCACAGUCCCACCAUCACUGGAUGAUGACCAACCCUUGGAGUUAAAGCCACCGUGGUCCAACCACC